AUCCUCCGACUCUCCACGAUUUGCAGGCAUCGCCAUCCCCAGCGUCCCUCCUCCCUCUGCCGCCAGUCCCCGCGCCUGACCGGCCGACGCUACGACACAAGCCACCGAGGCGCGCGCGCGGUUUGGUUGCGUUGCUGGAAGCUGAAUGACGGGCGGCCGGUUCGACUUCGACGAUGGCGGAACGUACUGCGGAGGCUGGGCGGACGGCAAAGCCCACGGCCACGGCGUCUGCACCGGCCCCAAGGGCCAGGGCGAGUACUCGGGCUCGUGGCGCAACGGCUUUGAGGCGGUCGGCGUUUACACGUGGCCCAGCGGCAACACGUACCAGGGCCACUGGGCGCAGGGCAAGAGGCACGGACUCGGUGUGGAGGCCAAGGGCCGGUGGCUUUACCGGGGAGAGUGGAGCCACGGGCUGAAGGGGCGCUACGGCGUGCGCCAGAGCCUCAACACCUCCGCCAGGUAUGAGGGCACGUGGAGUAACGGGUUACAGGACGGCUACGGAGUCGAGACCUACGGGGACGGGGGUACGUUUCAGGGACAGUGGAUGGGUGGGAUGCGUCAUGGUUACGGCGUGAGACAGAGUGUCCCCUAUGGCAUGGCUGCAGUGAUCCGCUCUCCGCUGCGCACCUCCCUCGCGUCCCUGCGCAGCGAGCAGAGCAACGGCUCUGUCCUGAACGAACGCUCCUCAGAAAGUCCUGCAGGGACUCGCGGGGGCUUCGUGCUCAAUGUGCACAGUGAUGGCGAGCUCAGCUCAGGCAGGAAGAAGGGUCUGUUCCGGCGUGGCUCUCUUUUCGGCAGCUUGAGGCAGCUGAGAAAGUCAGACUCGCGUUCGUCUAUCUCGAGUAAGCGCAGCUCGGCACGAAGCGACGCCGCCAUGAGCCGCAUCAGCUCCAGUGACGCCAACUCCACGCUCAGCUUCGGAGAGGAUGAUGACAACGCCCUGACCGAAGACAACGUGGACGCCACCACCACCGAGUCAUACACUGGCGAGUGGAAGAACGACAAGCGCAGCGGCCGGUAUGUGGCGCUCCAGCGGCAUGAAAUGCGGUGGUGGUCCAACAACAAGCGACACGGAUACGGAUGCACCGUGUUCCCCGACGGCACCCGCGAGGAGGGCAAGUACAAGAACAACGUGCUCGUCAGGGGCAUCAAGAAGCAGCUCAUUCCGCUGAAGAACGCCAAGACCAAACAGAAGGUGGAGCGUGCUGUGGAAGGGGCGAUCAGGGCGGCCGCCAUCGCCAGGACGAAAGUGGAGAUCGCCACCUCCAGAACUGCUCAUGCCAGAGCUAAAGCAGAAGCUGCAGACCAGGCAGCACUCGCAGCGUGCCAGGACUCAGAAGUAGCUCGUGCUGUGGCCAGAGAGCUUUCACCUGCCUUCCGUCAGCCAGGCCCUGAUUACAUCAAGCAAAAGUUCUCCAGUGAACCGAUCGAGAUCAAAGAAGUCAUUGAAGAGAAAAAGGAGAAAACCCCCUCAGGAAGUCCUCAUUUCUAUCGCAAGGGCACUACGCCCACCCAAACCCCCACCCACAGCCCGGGUCCGACUCCGCCCCCACCCCCGACCAACAAGAAGAAGUCCUUCUUUAACCGGAGCGCACCGAAAUCUACCAAAGAGAGCGUUGUGGAGAGUCUAGCGGCCAGCGUUGUCCCCAAAACCACCCCCAGGGUUCCGGCCAAACAGGAAGUCAAGCAAGAAACGGUUUCUUCUUCUUCCUUUGCCCUGUAUAAAUCCUUGGUGCCGGUCGCCAACUCCUCGAGUCCCGGGAAUGGCGAGGUCCAUUCGCAGUACCACAGCUACUUUGUCAAGGCUGAAGUGUCCCUUCCACCUGAGGAGACGGAGGAGGAGGAAAAGCAAGAAAGUCCAACUGCCCUUGUAAGGGCACCACUUCCUGUCAAGCAAUAUCGUGCCCCUACACCCUCUCUGCCCCUCGCCAAGCUCGCCCCAAGUAAAGACGUCAAACCAGAGCCCAAGCUGAAAAAACAGGAUUCUCUGAAGCCAAAGAGUUUCUCAGAAACCAAGAAAGCAAGCAUUGAGAUAACCACGGACGUGGUAGAGGAAGAAUCAGGUCCUAACUCUAUACUGGUGGCUUUAGUGAUGCUGAUAAACAUCGGGUUAGCGAUUAUUUUUGUCCACUUCUUGACUUGAUGCAUCAUCAAACUCAGUGAGUUCUUCAGGACGUGCGGCGUAGGCCCCGUGAUUCUUAGCGGUUGUAUGGACGGCCUUUAGAACACGCCGCUCAGACACAGACACAGGCAGAAGAUGACUGGACGACUGGAAUUAAGAGCAAGAAAAAAGGUGGAAAUAAAAAAUAACGCAGAGUCCCGUAGCCAAGCCCAACCAGGUCCUCCGCCACCCCGUCACCCCGCCCCCAAACUCCCUGCCCCCCAAACUCCCUGCCCCCCAAACUCCCUGCCCCCCAUCCUGACCGUGAUUUACAACUCGCUUGGGCUCUGUGAAAGCUGAAGCAAGCACAGUCGGUGGUAAAAGGGGGUGGGGAGGAUAAAAAUAAAAAAAUGUGCUGAGCCAAGCCAUACCCAGUGUGAAGUGCAUGGACGGCCUGUUGGAGUGUGUGUGUGUGUCGGUGUGUAUGUCGGUGUGUGUGUCGGUGAGGAGGGGGAUAACUGGAUACGUUUGGCGAUGCACUUUUAUUUGACGGAAGCAAACAGCUGCCUUACAAUUUUACCCUCUGACGAUGUCGAGGGGGGGGAUGUGUGUGUGUGUGUGUGUGUGUGUGUGUGUGUGUGUGUGUGUGUGUGUCUUCAUUUUGAUCUAAACACCGUGCCCAUUUAAAAAAAGCCGGCACUUGCCAGUCUUAUUGCGUUACCCGUCUGAAGCCGUGUCUCACCGCACCUGCUGGUGUUUGUAGGAGAUUAGCGAAAGCCACGCCCGGGUGUGGUACAAAUUUAACAACUUGACCUUCUUUCUUUUUGUGUGUUUUUCUUUUUUUCAAGUUAAAUACAAAAAAAUACCAAAAAAAAAAAAAAAAAAGCUUUUUCGCCCCCUCGAUUGAAUCGUUUAACGGCUAAUGUGAAAUUUCAGUUCUGAUCAGCGUGACUAGAUUAGCCAAAGAUCCGAGGUGAAGAUUUUUGGGCAGUGACGCGAGCAGCUGCGGCGUCGACGCUCCGGUUUGUAAAAUAAGAACGCUGCGGUUGUGAUGCGUGGGUGUUUGAUGUAAAGUAGCUACAGGAUUGUUAUGCAUGGUGUUUAACGGUUUUAAUUAGUUAUUUAUUUAUUCUUUUUCAUUUUAAUAACUGGUUAUUGCACUGGAUUUUUGCACACGUAGUGGUGUGGAGCUUGAGACCGUUCUUCUUCUCCUCAUCAUCAUCAUCAUCAUUAUCAGCAUCCUUCACCCCUCCCACCCCACCCCCCCACCCCUCAUGUAAGACCCGUUGUGGUGUUGAAUGAAUUCAGGACGAGCGAGUGAAUGUAGUCAGAUGCCUUAAAGGAUUUUUUAAACACACAGUGUUAGAGUUUACCUCGGGGGUUGGGGUGGGA